UGUAAUGAAUACAAGAUGUCUACGGGCGAUUUAUCCUCGAACAGCCUCACGCAGCAAGACAUCGGCACAAAAAGCAAGAAAAAACCUCAUCGCAUGGCAGACGAGGCGGCAGCGGAAUGCCUGUUCGACCGCCUGCGGCAACACCAGCAGCGGGCGCCAGACGCCACGGAAGUGGCAAGAACCAUCACUGCGCGCAUCAACGCGAGGCUCACUUCCCAUGAUAAACAUGUCCGGCAAAGUACACUGGAAAAGAUAUGGGACAAAAGAAGCAAUGCUAUCCAGAUGCUUCUUACGAUCUUGGAGACAUCAAGGGACACACCAACGUCUACUUAUAUAACAGCUAUAUUAAGAGAAGCGUUAUGUUUAAAACAAGGAAAAGGAAAAAAAUGUUCAGCUGUCAUUGAAGCAACAGCUAUCAAGAAGAAAGAUGUCAAAAAGACGGGCAAAGAAAACAAAAAUCCUUUGCUCAAAAAGGCCAACAACAUGGCGCGGGCGGAGUGCGCCCAGAACUUGAUAGCGUUAAACGGCACCCAAAUAAUAAUCCGCAACCUCGUUGCUUGCCAUACCAAACGGGAUGGCUCCGUCGGUCCCGAGAUAAUUAUCCAGGACCUAGUGUGGAUCCUCGCCGCCCUUGCCCCUAAAGGUACGCUAACCGGUUCUGUUGAUUCCGUGAACAACAUGGCCCGCAUGCAGUGCGCUUACUAUUUCAUAUCGCUGAAGGGCACCCAGAUCGUAAUACGGAAGUUGAUCGGUAUCAUGUACGAUAAACGGGACCGCCACUCAGGGACUGAAGUGAUCCUGCAGGACCUCCUUUGGAUCCUUGCUCCGCUUGCCUCCCGAGACCCGAAAUUUGCAAACAAAGUAAGGACGCUGGGUUGUGUUAGAACUAUGCAUCUCAUAUUUAAAGGACAUUACACAGACAAUAAGCUGAUUUUCCCGUUACUAGUGAUUUUAAAACAACUAGCUAAGAAUUCCGUGACCACAGCCAUCUUGAUUCGCGAUGGAGUGGUAACGACGUACGAGCGGGUGCUCGUCAGCCUGGGCUUCAUGCCUACGGCGCGCCUUCGCCUCUGUCUCGACGCCAUCGACUAUUUCAGCAAGAACAAGGUGUGCUGCAUGCAGAUCGUGAAGACAGGCCUCUGUAGCGUGCUCCUCAGGGUGUUCGACCGCUGGGACCGGUACGAGGGCCGCAUUCGGCUCAAAAUAUGUGCCCACAUCUUGAGGACGCUGCAGCACCUUUGCAACAUAAAAGCCGGACGUCGCUCCCUCUGUACCAAGAAGCACGUGCAAACGCUGCACCGCUUCUGCUCACAGUGUCCAGACGAGCCGGAAUUUGACAGUCUUCUAGCUAGAGUGUGCUCCGUGAUCACGUUGUGCCUGAAACACCAGGCGCUACCAGUCCCUGCGUCCAGCCCGGCUGUCUUCAACCUCAACCCUAUACUAAAAGGUACUAAUGCAACAUGGCCGUGUCACGAAGACGAUGAAGACGGAGCAAAUUCGGACAGUAAAACCAUCAAUUCCGAUCUCGAUGAUGAUGGACCUGAUCCCGAAUUAGAUCUGGAGGCUACUGACGAAUACUCAGACCUUGACUUGAAUGAUGGUGAUAAGCUGGAAUCGACAGAAGGAGAAAUAGAAAAGUCACAUAGUUUGAAAACAGAAAGUAUACAAAGUGCAAUGUUUUUCAAUCCAAAUGAGAGAGAUAUAGAAGACUUAAAAAGAUACUUUUGUUUCUUUAAAGAAUUUGGCUCUUACAAUAAACAAGUUAAGUUAGUUAAGAGCCGUUCUAAUUCUAGAGGAUCAAUUCUUGAAGAUUUCCUUCAGUGCCAAUCGAAUAAGAACGGGGUGUCUUCACUUAAUUUAUCGCUGGCCUCAGAAUGUGACAGCAUAUUCCCAAUGUUGCCUGCCCCAUUACAAUCGUCUCCGCUAUUCCAAACUUGUAAUAAAAUUAGCGAAAGCACAUCUACAUCAUCCUGUUCAUUCCUCAAGAUACACAAAGACCUUUCAAAGUUCAGCUCAUUUGCGCUGGUAUAUUGCACAAUAGCGUCUCGGGUUAGAAGUGUGAUCCCGUUCGUAAAAGUGGCCUUUCCAGACAUGAUAGGCGGGCAGGGCCUUGCACAUCCUGAGCCUUUAAAUAAAAUGGAGCGAUCCACCUGCAGAGUAAAGCUGUUAUCGUGUGUAGAUAGAGCAAUCAGUCCCGAAGCUUAUAUGAAUGAAGUGGUCUAUGAUCUAGAUCAACUCAAUUCUCUUGCAGGGCUGACCGAAAACUCCUCGCCAAAAAGUACAGAGAGUACUUUCCUAUCGAAUACAGAUGAAGAAGAGAUAACAAAAGUGAAUAAUUUUUCUACCCGAUUGUCGUUCGAAUCCAGGUUUGAAUCUGGCAAUUUGAGGAAAGCUAUUCAGAUAGGUCCAAGAGAGUACGAGCUGAUUCUAAUGCCUGACGUGAACUCCACGAAGAGACAUCAGUGGUUCUACUUCGAAGUGCGCAACAUGAUACAGGGGCGCCCGUACGUCUUCAAUAUCGUUAACUGUGAGAAGUCUGACAGCCAAUUUAAUUUCGGCAUGAAACCCGUCAUGUACUCGGUCAAGGAAGCAGUUUUGGGUAGACCAGGCUGGGUCCGAGCUGGCACAGACAUCUGUUACUACCGAAACAGUUACCACUACGCGAGCCCGAGAAGCCACAACAAGUGCUACCUCACAGUAACCUUCAACAUUGAGUUCCCGCACACCAAUGACGUUGUCUAUCUCGCUUAUCACUUCCCCUUCACAUAUUCUAUGAUGAUGACCAAACUUUGGCAACGGAGUCUGCAACUACCACCGAACGCGUACUUGCGGGCGGAGCCGCUCUGCUACUCACUCAACAACAACGAGGUGCCGCUGCUGACGAUAUCCGCCGACGAUACGCCGACCAACCCGAUAGCGGACAGAGAAAUAAUCUUCUUAACAGCCCGCGUGCACCCUGGCGAGAGCAACGCGUCGUGGGUGAUGGACGGCACGCUGAGUUGUCUCCUCGGAGACACAGAUGUGGCAGCGUCACUGCGCGCCAAAUACGUGUUCAAGAUCGUGCCCAUGCUCAACGUGGAAGGCGUCAUCAACGGCUGCCAUCGAUGCGGCUUGACUAAUGAAGAUUUAAAUCGGCGGUGGAGCAAGCCGAGUCCCGUUCUGCAUCCUUCUAUUUAUCACACUAAGGGCCUAAUCGAGUAUUUGGUGCGCGUAUGGAAGAAGCCGCCACUCGUGUACUGCGACUAUCACGGGCACUCGCGCAAGAAGAACGUGUUCUUCUACGGCUGCGCGGGCGCAGAGAGCUGGUGCGGCAACGACCGCGGCGUCCCCGACGAGCCCGUCAAGUACCUGAUGCUGCCAGCAUUGAUGCAUCGCAUCUCUCCGGCGUUCGCCUUGGGCUCGUGCUCGUUCCGAGUCGAGCGGGAACGAGAGAGCACGGCCCGUGUGACCGUGUGGCGUCACCUAGGCGUUACGCGCUCCUAUACGAUGGAGGCAACAUUCUGCGGCUUCGAUCGAGGACCUUUCAAGGGCUUCCACCUGAACACUCAGCACCUGCAGAGUGUGGGCAGCGAUUUCUGCGAGGCGCUCAACGGUCUCAACGACACCGCCACCACCGACGAUAUUCAGCUCACGAAGGAUCUCAACGGUGCGAUCGCUGUGGACAGCGAGCCUGGCUCCGGCUCCGACAGCGUGCUGCGUACAGACUCGGAUGAGGACUUCGACUAGAUGAGAGUUACUGGCCGAGUGCAUACCCCUCUUAACAGAAGACUGUCUAGCAUGAAUUGCGUUCUCGCGCUUACUUUGAAGGUCUUUCUAGUAGAUUAAGUUACGACCUUUCGCCCAAGUCAUACUUGUAGUCUUCCAGGGUGUUUGGAGUCGUGCGUCCAUAAAUAUAGAUACAUAAGGAAGGAUCUACAUGUGCCUUAGGCCGCGGACUGGACGUAAAUGACAGACAACGUAAUAAGCUUGUUCAAAACAAAUGAAUUAUCAUCAAAUUUAUUUUGCGUGAAAAUGCAACUCAUGCUAGCAAGUCUGGAAAGGAUCGUUACAACUAUCGAUCACGAUCUUAUUAGAGCACUCGGUCAAAGCUAGACAUGUGUAACAUCUUUAUGCUUACCGUAAAAUGGGGUGACUUAAUAUGAUUCUGUAGUACUUUUGCCACAAUAUCGUAUAUUUAGCAAUAGUUAAACUAUGAUAGUUGACAACUUUCAAUUUUGCCCGUUAUAAGACACGACAAGACAAGAGAUAAUUCCCUUUGCACGGCAAAUGGCCGAUGUACAAGUGCCACGGACGAGGCCGCGCGCGCGGUUGCAUCGGCAGAGAGGAUUGGUUCGCCACGCAUCUUGCUGUGGAGUUGUAGACUGCCUAAUAAUCUAAAGGUGCAUCCACACCGUAGUUACGUACCUUUUGUGGAGCAAAACUGCAAUACGAUAACAUUAGGAACAUGUAACUGCGGAGUGCACAGUAUUGUUCAACACAACAGCGGUGAGGGUGCGCCUUAAUAAAUAGGAGUCUAUCACUAUUGCUUGUAAUUUGAAGUAACAUUAAAGCUUAAUAAUAGAGUUAUCCCAUUAGACGGUACUUAUAUGUGUGUUUACAUAAAUGUAACAACAAUGCCUAUAUGUAACUUAAUUUGUAGGCAACAAUUGGACGUAUUGUUUCCAGUUACAACUGGUUUAUAUUAUUUGUUUACAUAUUGUUUUUAAGUAUAUAGGAUUAAAUUAAUAUAAGUAGUUUUUUCGUAACGUACUGUAUAAAAUUUUCUGUGGACUGUACUCACUUUGUUUGGCUGAAUAGUAGGAGGUAAAUUGUAAGUGGUUUGUGAUCUCAGUUAUAAAUAAAUUAUGAAAUAUCA